UUUUCUUUCUCUUUCCUUGCAGGGUGUGAAAGAGCACAAAUGUGGAAUUUGUGGCCGGGAAUUUACUCUGCUGGCCAACAUGAAGCGACACGUCCUGAUCCACACCAAUAUCAGAGCCUAUCAAUGUCACUUAUGCUUCAAGAGCUUUGUGCAAAAGCAGACUCUCAAGGCCCACAUGAUCGUUCACUCUGAUGUCAAACCCUUUAAAUGCAAGCUGUGUGGAAAGGAAUUUAACAGAAUGCACAAUUUAAUGGGACACAUGCACUUGCACUCAGACAGUAAGCCUUUCAAGUGCCUCUACUGCCCCAGCAAGUUCACCCUGAAGGGGAACCUAACCAGGCACAUGAAAGUCAAACAUGGAGUCAUGGAAAGAGGAUUUCAUUCACAAGGUUUUGGAAGAGGAAGAAUUGCUCUGUCCCAGACAAAUGUCUUAAGAAGUUUGGAACAGGAAGAGCCCUUUGAUCUUUCCCAGAAAAGCCAAGGGAAGGGAAUCUUGUUUCAUUUGGAUAGCGAGAGUGCCAAGGGGAGCUUGUGCCAGGAGGAAGAGGAAGACAACUGCUACAAGGCAGAGCAGUACAGCCCAGGCAGGUACCGCCACGCGAGCAGCAAGCUCUACGUGCCUCGCGAUCAGCUUGGCAAACCGCAGCGCGCCAGCAAGGACGUGAGGGAGCCCUACGGCACCGAGAGGGAGGAAACGCUGCGGGAAGGAGGGCUCGAGAAGAGCGCCGGAGACUCAGACGAGCCGGAGGGCCAGGGAGAGAGAGACCUUGCAAACAGCAAAGAGCUCCUCAGCUUUAGGUCCUUUGAAAAGGGCAGAGUUGGCCAUUCUCUCUCUGAUUACUUGUAUUUCAAGCACAGGAAUAAAAGUUUGAAGGAAUUACUGGAAAGAAAAAUGGAAAAACAAACAAUGCUUAUAGGCAUUUAAAUGGGCAACAUAUUAAACCAGCUGG